CUCUUUAUCUAUGGUAGCCGGCUCUAACCAUAGAUGAAGACAACUAACUCUGGCUCUAACCGCAAAAUUUACAUGUUUUCUCAGGGUUAGAGAAAAGGAAUAAACUCAUUAAAUACGAUUUACACAUAAUGUCAUUAAUUUAAUUAGCUCUCGGAGCUCUGAUUUUGCUAUUUUGCACCAUAUCUGUUUUCAUUUUGUAUCUUUUGACUUUUUGUCGCUUAAUUGUCAUUGAUCAUUGCCAGUCUGGAUUUGUUUUAGGUUAAGUUAGUUUAAGGCAGAGCACUAAAAUGGAUCAAGAAGAUAAUAAAAACAUUAAUAACGUGUUGGAAAUAGAUCCAGAUUAUGAAACCACCAAUACGGCACUUAGGAAAGCGGAAUUACAAGACGCAGAAGAUAAGAAGCUGACGGAGGAGAAGUUGAAAGCUAUCAUACAAGAACAGUUCGACAAUGAAUUGAAAUCCAGACAAAAACAAUUGGAUGAAAUUGAGGACAAAGUCUUUAAAGCCCAAAAACUAUUGCACGUCCUACGCUAUGCCUUAAUUUCGUCAUACUAUAAAAACAAAAGUCUGCAAACUGAAUCAACUAAUACAUCCACUUUUGACUCUACCAAUCUACUACUGGGUCAAAAUCGCAUUCACCCGGCAGUAAAAAAGCUGCUUGGCAACAAUACAAAUAGUCUGAAAAUUUUUGCUGAACGCACCAAAAGAAGAGCAACUAUUAAUAAGGCGGACUAUACUAAUGAAACAAAAUCGGAAAUCAAACGAAUUAAAUUAGAUCCUCACGCGUCUAAUGAAACCGAUACCAGUACGAUAGCAAAUAAAAUUAAAUUGGAACCAAGUAAAUCAAAAAAUCAGGAAGUGGAACCACUGACUAGCAGAACGAAAGUUCAGCACAAAGUAGUUAUAGGAAACAUUUCCUAUUUCAAGAAAUCGUUGGAGCAAAAUAACUUAACGCAUAAAUGGAUGGUUUAUGUGAAAAUCUACAAAAAAACAGAAGGCGAACCAGAAGUUACAGAUAGUAUAAUUAAUAAAGUGGUGUUUUACCUGCACCCAUCUUAUAAGCCUCAUGAUGUAGUGGAUAUUAGUAAUCCGCCAUACCAUUUGUCCAGAAGAGGCUGGGGCGAGUUUCCCUUAAGGGUAAAAAUUUUUUUCAAGUCUCUAAAAAAUAAGCCUGUAGAUGUUAUUCACCAGCUGAAAUUGGAUAACACUUUUACCGAGCGACAAACAUUAGGAAAUCAGACAACUGUACCCAUAUUUUUGUACGACGAUACCAUUCCAACCCCUAAAAUGGAGCCUAACGAAAGUAAAAUCUUCCAAGAAAGUAUUUCUGAUAUUAGUAAUUUUUUCGUGGACGAUAAUCAGUUAUCAAGGUUGAACUUGCAUGAACCGAUUCUAAAUGUCGAACCUUCAACUAGUUAUGAACAUGACUACUGUUUUGAUAACAUUGAAAUAAAACUAGAGCCACAUGAGAUCAAUGAUAUUCAAGGACUUCAAAAGGAACUCUCAUCGGAUCUUCACAUAAUAAGUGAACCAAGUUGUCUACAUGAUCAUGCUUAUAGUAUUCCAUCACAUAAAGAGAACCAAAAAAGCCCUAAAAAGAAUAAAUCACCAGUAAAGCAAGUUUAUAACGAAUUGAUUUACGGUUUGGGGCCGCACUACUUAGAUCGGCCAAGAUCUAGGCCUAAAAGCAUAAAAACUGUCGCAAACGAUUCCACUCCUGAAAAGAAUGCAAAAUCUGGAUUUAAAGUACUAAAGACUGUUACAGGCCAAUCUAUUCGAUUUUUGCCAGAGAGCUUCAACAAAGUUCUUCUAAACAACGGCAAUAUAGUAUCUGUAAAAUUGUUAAAGUCCCGCCCAUCCAAAUCAGGUGAAAACCGGGAGGUUGUUAACUUGGAUGCGCAAUUUUUCAGCAAAGCAGCUAAAUCACAUCAGAAAAAUCAUAGUUCGGUUAGAACAAUCGUACGACAGGAACGGCGAUUAUUAGGUGUGCAACCAAUUCAUAAAUUUAAAAAUAUGGGGGAAGCGUUGCCUUAUUUGUUUAAACGGCUGCCUUUAUGGACAACAGAAGCUAACGACUUGGAUUAUAAGUGUACUUAUCCUUUUACCGCAUGUUUGGAGAAGGAAUUUAUGUCAUGGAAUAUAGGGAAAAAAUUAGCAGCCGAAUGGUCUAGAGCAAAAGCUAUCAAACGAAUAGUAGCAAGCGAACCUUACAGCGAACAUUGGACGACGAAGGCAAUUUUUAUGUAUGGUAGAUCGCAUGCCUAUUCACCUGCAGUGUCGAGUUAUAAACUAUUUCAAAAGGAAUCGCUAGAAAAGCAUUUAAUCCAAAAUUGUUUUCGAGGUAAUCGACUUGAAAAUGGCGUUGUGUCUGAACCUAUAGUUAGUGAUGAACAUGUAAAUGUAACAUCUCCAAUCAAACCUGUGAUAGAUCAAGUAGAAUUGAAUUCUAUUGAUAGUUGUAUAGACUUGUCUGAUAAACGACUAACAUCCGAAUAUGCAUUUGUAAAAGAAGCUGCGUUAGAUGUAGGAGUUAUACUUAAGCCAGAGGUAUUAACUGAAGGUGUAUCAAUGAAUGCUUCUAAACGGAUUAUGCUUGAGGCUGUGAAAUGUUUCGCUGAGAAUCUCAUUAGGAGAUCUAGAAACAAUAUGGUAUGUCAAAAUAAUUACAAACCGGAGACGUCGGAAAUCACAAUUAAUGAAAUUCAAGGAGUACUAGAAGAGCGCAGGGAAUUUAACUCCAUAAAAAAGUUCAAACAAGAUAAAAGUGAAAUGGACUUUUUUUCAUAAACCAGCCAACUGAAAGACUGUACAUUAAAUCGAUUCUUAUACUGUUUCUAUAUUUGGUUGCAUUGAAAUACUCCAUUAUUUUGCAAACAUUAAUAUGAAAUAGUCCCUGUUAUAUCAAAGGAUUUUUUUAAAUAAAUUUUACAUUAAG